UUUAAUGAACCAUGAGUGGACGUGUCGUCUGAUUUGUGACUGAAAAAGGAGAAUGCCGUUUUCCAGAGGUGAACUUUGAGGAAGGUGCGAGACACGCCAAUGCUUCUGACAGCAUUUUGAGUAACUUUUGGAACCGUCUUCCCUCCUGAGAGUUUCGGUUGAGGUUAUCAUGGCAGAGCACGAAAGCCUGGAGUAUGGAAAGGCAGAUUUUGUGCUUUUGGACAACGUGUCUAUGGAGGACUUCAUGGCCAACUUAAAGCUCAGGUUUGAGAAGGGGAGGAUCUACUCCUACAUCGGGGAGGUGGUGGUGUCCGUCAACCCGUACCGCGCCAUGAACAUUUACGGCCGGGACACCAUUGAGCAGUACAAGGGCCGCGAGCUGUACGAGAGACCCCCCCAUCUCUUUGCCAUCGCAGACGCUGCUUACAAGGCCAUGAAGCGGAGGAACAAAGACACCUGUAUUGUUAUCUCAGGGGAAAGUGGUGCAGGAAAGACUGAGGCCAGCAAAUACAUAAUGCAAUACAUCGCUGCUAUUACCAAUCCUAAUCAGAGGGCUGAGAUUGAAAGAGUGAAAAACAUGCUGCUUAAAUCCAACUGUGUCUUGGAGGCCUUUGGAAACGCUAAGACGAACCGCAACGACAACUCCAGCCGCUUCGGCAAAUACAUGGACAUCAACUUUGACUUCAAAGGAGAUCCAAUCGGAGGCCAUAUUAACAACUACCUGCUGGAGAAGUCGAGGGUCAUUUUCCAACAAGACGGAGAGAGGAGCUUUCACUCGUUCUAUCAGCUGCUUAAAGGAGCUCCAGAUUCUCUGUUGCGCUCUCUUCACAUCCAAAAAGACCCGGCAGCCUACAACUACAUCAAAGUUGGAGGCCAGAUUAAGUCUGGCAUCAAUGACGGCGCUGAUUUCAAAGCUGUAGCCGACGCCAUGAAAGUCAUCGGUUUCACAGGAGACGAGAUUCAGACUGUUUACAAGAUCCUGGCUACCAUUCUGCAUCUGGGAAACUUGACGUUUGGAGUGGACGGCGACGUGACCCUCAUAGAGAACAUGAAGCUCGUGUCUGUCAUCAGGGAGCUGCUUUCCACAAAAGAGGAGAACGUGGAGAAGGCGCUGCUCUACCGAACGGUCGCCACAGGUCGAGACGUCAUCGAAAAGCAGCACACGGCCCAGGAGGCCAGCUACGGGCGGGACGCUCUGGCCAAGGCAAUGUACGAGCGUCUGUUCUGCUGGAUCGUGGGACGGAUCAAUGACAUCAUCGAAGUGAAAAACUAUGACGCCAAAGUCCACGGGAAGAACACAGUCAUUGGAGUGCUGGACAUCUACGGCUUUGAGAUUUUCCAGAACAACAGCUUCGAACAGUUCUGCAUCAACUACUGCAAUGAGAAGCUGCAGCAGCUCUUCAUCCAGCUGGUGCUGAAGCAGGAGCAGGAGGAGUACCAAAGAGAGGGCAUCCCCUGGAAACAUAUCGAUUACUUCAACAAUCAGAUCAUCGUGGACCUGGUGGAGCAGCAGCAUAAAGGCAUCUUUGCUGUUCUGGAUGAAGCCUGCAUGAACGUCGGUAAAGUCACCGACGAGGUUUUCCUUCAAGGACUCAACAGCAAGCUGGCCAAGCACGCUCACUACACCAGCCGUAAGCUUUUACCGGCUGAUAAAAGUUUGGAGUUCGACAGAGACUUUCGGAUCCGGCACUAUGCAGGAGAUGUGGUGUACUCGGUCGUGGGCUUCAUUGACAAGAACAAAGACACUUUGUUCCAGGACUUCAAGAGGCUGUUGUACAACAGUUCCAACCCGGUUCUGAAGGUGAUGUGGCCUGAGGGUAAGCUGCGGAUCACCGAGGUCACCAAACGGCCGCUGACGGCAGCGACCCUCUUCAAGAACUCCAUGAUCUCAUUGGUGGAGAACCUGGCCUGUAAGGAACCCUAUUACGUGCGCUGCAUCAAACCCAACGAUGUCAAGUCCCCUCUCAUCUUCGAGCAGGAACGCUGCCGCCACCAGGUGGAGUACCUGGGACUGCUGGAGAACGUCAGGGUCCGAAGGGCCGGCUUCGCCUACAGGCAGACGUAUCCACGCUUCCUCCAGAGAUACAAGAUGAUCUCAAAGUUCACCUGGCCGAACCACGACCUGCCGUCGGACAAAGACGCCGUCAAGAAGCUGCUGCAUGGUUGCGGGUUCGAACACGACGUGGCGUACGGCAAAACCAAAGUCUUCAUCCGCACGCCGCGCACCCUGUUCAGCCUGGAGGAGCAGCGGGCCGAAAUGGUCCAGAGGAUCGUCCUCUUCCUCCAGAAGGUGUGGCGGGGGACUCUGGCUCGAAUGAGAUACCGGCGUAUGCGCGCCGCCCAUAUCAUCCUGCAGGCCUACAGACGCUACAAGGUCAAGUCUUACAUCCGCGAAGUCAACCGUCGCUUUAAAAACGUGCAGACCAUGAAAGAUUACGGCAGACGCGUGAAGUGGCCCACCCCACCCAAAGUCCUACGCAAGUUUGAAGAGGCUCUGAAGAACAUCUACAACAGGUGGUGGGCAUGGACCCUCAUCAAAGGCCUCUCUCCAGAGGAGACUCUGCAGGUGAGGGCCAAGGUAGCCAGCCUGGAGGCCCUGAAGGGUCAAAGAGCUGACCUGGGGUUGCAAAGAGCCUGGGAAGGCAACUAUCUGAAGCGGGACAGUCCUGACACGGCGGCAUCAUUCACACUAGUGUCCAGCGAGCUGCAGAGGAAAGACAAGUUCAUGAGAGUCUUGUUCUCCUGUAACGUUCGAAAGAUCAACCGCUUCCACAAAACGGAGAACCGGGCCGUGCUCAUCACCGACCGCCACCUGUACAAGAUGGACCCCGUGAAGCAGUACAAGCCCAUGAAGAGCAUCCCCCUCUACAACGUGACGGGAAUGAGCGUGUCCCCCGGCAAAGACCAGCUGGUGGUGUUCCACACCAAGGACAGCCGCGACCUGGUGGUGUGUCUGCAGGGCAUGGUGCCAGCCAACGAGAGCCGCAUCGGGGAGCUGGUGGGCACUCUGCUCAGCCACUUCAAGAGUGAGAGGAGGAAGCUGCAGGUGAACAUAGCGAGCCCCAUCCAGUGCAGCAUGAACGGGAGGAAGUGCACCGUCAUCGUAGAACCCAAAACCAACCAAUCCCAGCCGGACUUCACCAAGAGCCGAUCAGGUUAUAUCCUGGCUGUUCCUGGAAACUGAAAGGGACCCAAGCCAAAAACAGAAUCAGUAACCAACAUCAGAAAGUAAUGAUGAUGAUAUGAAGUUUCUUUUUUUUUCCGUUCAUUUGUUUUGCAGAGCUGCUGCUUCUGUAACAAAAUAGCUUUGUUAGACUGAGGCAGCUGAAUCCUCAGUUUCCAAAACCCUGCCAAAGGUUUUUUUUUAAGUGCUACUACAAUUUAAAGCACAGCAUGAUUAUUCACCAAAGUUGUGCACUUUUUUGUGUUAAAAUCCAAAAUUUUGUUAAUUUGUUGAUUUGUGCAAUAUUUUUUACAUUUUUUUUUGGAAUGAUUCUUGUUGAUCAAGGUGACAGUGGAUUUUCCUGCAGAAAUUCCCAGCAUCACUGAUGUUGCAUAUAUUAUAAACCAAUUGGAAACAUGAACAGCUUUUUGUAUUGUGCUGAAAAAUCACUUUGGUUUGCCUCAUGAGGCAAAGACGCUCGUUUUUGCAGAACAAAAAAAAUCCAGAUUGAGUUUGAAUCACAGGGUUUCAAGCAGGAUGUGUUGAACAUAUCCUGUAUAAAUGUACAGCACAGUAACAUCUUCUAUAUUGUUCCUGCUCUGCUUCUACAUUAAAAUAUUAGAAUAGUCUUUCACCCUCAUAAUCCACUCUGAGUAUAAAUAUCCACUACAUUUAUAUGAGUAAAUAACAGAUUUAAAAGCUUUCUUCAUAACUAUUGUGUUUUGUGAAGCUGCAGUGUUGCUGGCCAGUACUGUAUCAUCCCAUCAGCCCAGGAUUUAGUCUCAUUUCAGUGAUCUGCAGAUUUCUUUUCAUUCUUUGAGGAAGGUUUCUUCUCCUUUAUCGCAAAUCUGAACCAAACUGAGGGAGUGAGAACUGCACAUGUGCAGAAAAGCUCUUAGAUUAACAAUCUUGACACAGUAGGAGACAUUGGAGAGGGAGAUCUGCAUUCUUAGCAGCAAAUCUAAAUACAUUUUCUCAAAAUGUAGAAAGUAAAAAAUAAUGAAUUUGAGUUCCCACAUCUGUAACUGGUUGGUUUAAUAUCAGAGUAGAAAAGAUUGUUAUAUGGGGGCAACAAUUUUCCUAAAAGUGUGAAAUUUGAAAGAAAACAAGCAUAUUACAUAAAAUCCUGUUUACUAUCACAUAUAAUAGUCAGCAGCUAACAAGCUAAAGGCUAGCAUGGAAGUUGGUGUGUGUUUCUGGACACAUUUAGUCAUUUUUGGAGUACAAAACAUUCAUUUAUCGUUAUGUAUUCCACUUCCUUAAGCCAGAUGUAACUGUUUAUGGUAUUUCUAUGAGGAGGUAAAAGUGUUCUUCCAGCUAACCACUAAACGCAGCUCAAUGGGUUUGUACAGAGGAGGCAUCUUUGGUGAUGCUGAACAUGUUCGGUUCCAGGUUACGGUCCAGUUAUUCCUCUAUCAAAGCUCCCAUGUUGAUUCUUUUUCAAAAUAAAAGCGGAUGACUUCCUCUAUAAAAUGUUGAGAACUGUGGGGUUCAUUCUGAAAGCCCUUUCUCCUCUCAGAACACAGCCUGUAAGAGAAUCUGAAUUUCUGUCCCACUGUGGACACAACCCACUCCAGGGGGACGAAGAUGAAGCCAAACGAAGCGUUUGUGUUUUCCCUUCUUCUGCAGAAGAGGCCGACCUUGUCCCGGUGUUUGAUCGAGGGCUUUGAAGCGGAAAAAGAGCUGUUUAGGGAAAUCGGUGCAUUCAUGUUAUGGAUUAUGCGAGUGACAUUGAUGCUGUUAAUAGAAAGCCUUCAGAGGCGCAGGAGCGCGUUUACCAAAGUGCAGCCCUGCAUAUCCUGCUAACCCUCCCACAGGGUUUCCCUGACUCCUCUCUGCUCGUCAUUAGGAUGGACUCUGUCACUUCUCUGCUCGCUGCAGAAAGGGGGGGUGGUGAACAAAGCCUCGCUUGGCCUCCUCUCCUCGACUGCUUCUCCUGUGCCCCCCCAAGCCUUCCCUCCUUCCCCACUUUCUCUCUGCUGUAAAAUCACUUGGCUCCUUGCCUAGUAGGACUAGCUGUACCAUCCUGCAGGAUAGAAAAGGGAUUUAUUUUCUAAAGCUUUCACCUGCCCUGCAGGUAGAAAGAUAAAAAAAUGGAAGAAACUAUAACAAUGAACCAUUUGAAAAUUUGCUUUUUUAAAGAUAUAUACAUUUUUUAUUUUUAUUUUAGAAAAACAAUUUAUUUUGUUUGCCAAAAAUGUUUUUUUUCAGCUUCAAAACACAAAUCUGCCAAUUAUAAAAAGAAAAUCACAUAUUACUUGCACAACUGUAUUAUUCUUUUCCAAAUAAAACUCAUAAAGAUGAUCAGCUUUGCACAUAAUCAUCCAUGAACAUCUGUCAGCACAUGUGAAGCUUCCAUUUUCCUCUGCAUGGCAUUUUUUUUUACUGUACUAGUACUUUUUGGUAAAGGUUUUUGACUAAAAUUCUUUCCUUUGUCCUGUAGCCUCCAGUGUGAUACCAGAGCUCUUUAAGUUCCUCAAACAUCCACAUUCUAGUGGGUUUAUCUCUAUAUUUCACUGCAGUAGAUCAUGUAAGGGAAAGGCUGAGGAGUUAUGCAACAACUCUGCUUCCUCAGGUCUCGGUUGUGGGCGGGGUUAGUUUUUGCUUCCAUUUAUAACUUCAGAUCUGCCUUAAAAACCCUGAAUCGUCUUAAAUCUCCAGUAUUUCCUAAAACAGUUCUGCUUUUUUUUUUUUUAUUAUUAUUAAAAACCUACAUUUUUUAUGAUUUUUGACAUGGAGCUCUGCUAGUAAAUUUUAUCUUUAAGAAACUAAAAGUAGAGUUUGUAUGAUGGCAUGUAAAAAGCAGGACAAAUGAUUGAAUUUGUUUUUUGGUUUUGGAAUAAAUGGGGAAAAAAUACUUUGUGUGUUUUUCUUAAAUUUGAUGGAAGGUGAUGAACUCAUUAUUAAGUAACGGAUCCUUAAGAGUAACAUUGAUGCCCAUAUUCAUUAAUUAAAGUAACAAUCUUUUCUUAUUAUUACUUUAUGAAUCAAACAAGGUUAUUUUUGUGCCAUUUUGCUUUAAUUUUUUUGUUUCUUUGUUUUCUCUUUUUGUUCCAACAUUUCUUUAAUCAAACCUGAGACAAAUGUCCUUUUCCUGUAAUUUAUUCUGCUCUCGAUGGAUCAAAAACAUCUGUAUGCACCAAUAAUUCCAAAUGUGCCUCAUUUUUUUAAUUAAGUUUCUAUUUUGUGUAAUAUUUUAUGAUGGUAAGCAUAAAUAAACUUUAAUAUCCAAAA